AUGGCAAAUGGGAUUAAUUACACCAAAGUCGGAGGCUACUUUCUCAUCGCAGCAGUGGCAAGUUUGAUAUUUGUUGAUUGCAGAGAGAUUGGAACAGUGCAAACUAAAGAGUCUCUGAAGCACAACAAAGCAGUCAUCAAAACGAUAAAGGGAGAUGGCGGUCAUGUGAUAGAUUGCGUUGAUAUCUAUAAACAGCCAGCCCUUAAUCACCCACUUCUCAUAAAUCACACCAUAGAGCUGAAACCGAGUUCAUAUCCAAAUGGAAUUGAAGCCAUAAGUCUUGAAGAUGAGCUCUUUCAGUAUUGGCGUCAGAAUGGAGAGUGCCCCGAAGGAACAAUCCCCAUUGUACGAACACAGGGAGUUGAUCAUCAUCGAUCUAAACCACGGUUUAACCCUAAAGAAAUUGGGUCCACUCCUUCAACUGGUCAUGAGUAUGCCCAGGUUGGUAUGUACGAUGGUGGAUACUAUGGAGCACAGGCAAGAUUAAACGUAUGGAACCCUGCAUCGUUUAAUGGAGAAAUCAGUAUAACCCAAACAUGGAUUGUGGGAGGCCAAGGACAAGAACUGAGCACUUUAGAAGCUGGCUGGCUUGUUAGAUCGCCUGAUAGCCAAACAAGGCUCUUCAUAUUUUGGACUGGUGAUAAUUACCAAGGUGGUUGCUACAAUCUUGAUUGUCCUGGUUUCGUCCAAAUAAACAGCAAAGUUGCCAUUGGCUAUCCCAUAACGCCUAUUUCUAACUACAAUGGGACUCAGUAUGAUAUAUUCUUAAGUAUAUACAAGAACACAGUGAGUGGACAUUGGUGGCUUCAAGUUGGAAAUGAGGCAGUUGGAUAUUGGCCGGACACCAUCGUCCCAGGUUUAAGAGGCAGUGCUGAAAUUAUUAGUUGGGGUGGAGAGAUUUUCAAUUCAAAACCUGAGGGUCAUCACACAUCAACUCAAAUGGGAAGUCAUCAUUUUCCUAUCGAAGGAUUUGGUAGGGCAAGCUAUGUCCGCAAUAUCCAAUAUUUGGAUAACUCUUCACAGUUCAAAGAUGCUGAACAUCUUAGAACAUAUGCCACAAAUCCUAAAUGCUACGAUGUACUUGUUAAAGACAAAACCUCAAACUUUGGAACCCAUAUGUAUUAUGGAGGUCCUGACUGUCUUUAUGGGUUAUUUACUGGGUUGAUUACUUGUGCCACAAAUUACUUUAAACUUCUUGAUCCUAUUGGAUUGUCACAGAUGAGGGGCUUGUAG